AGUAGCAGGCGAGAUUGAGACCGCCUGACACCUGUGUCGUAUAGGACCAGUCGUGAGAGGCCCCGGUCCGAAUGCCCGCGCCUUACGCCAUCCUCGAGGCAUCUACUGCCCUUGUGGGGCUGGUAGGGAGCCUCUUUAUGGUUUUAGUGAUCUCUGUAGAUUCUUGGGAGGAGGCAGAUUUUUCUUUAAAUGCCGUUAACAAUUCUUACUUGCAAGUUUCUGUGGCAACCUCAAAUUCUGAGCUUACCAUCUACAGUAGUCGAGAAUCACUGAGCGACCCCUGGACUACCUACUAUUAUUACUACCAGUAUUGGGGACUAUGGAAGAUAUGUGAUCUACUCACAGAUACAGCACGCGCUACCAUGAAGACGACAGGUGUGGACAGGAAGCAGUGUUUUAACUUCCUGACUGACUAUGACGAAGAAUCAAGAGCCGUGUCAACAAAUACCAAAUCAUUCAUGGGUCUGCAUAAUUCCACAGUGGUAUGUUUCAUGGUCACAAUUAUUGACCUGAUUGUGGCCAAUUUUUUGGCAGCGCUGGGGAUCUACAAGAAACAUGUGCCAGUCUGUAUGGUAGCAGGCGCUCUCUACUGUAUUGCAAGUGUGUUCAUAUUUUUUGGUCUCGUUAUUUUCCAUGUGCAACAUCAUUACGAGCAAUACUACUGCCAAGCAUUAUAUGACAUCCAGGACCACAUAUGCUCCAGUCGGUCAGUCAGCAUAGGGUGGCCAGUUCCGGUUGCGUGGUUUGGUCUGAUUCUUUGCGGGAUGGACAGUGUUUUAUGGGUUUUCCUGACGCAGGCAAUGAGAAUCAUAAAAACAAAGACGAUGAGUGAUCGGUAUUAGUAAUUUCUGAAGGAGGAAACAAACUUCGUUCAGAGGAUGGAAACACGUGGUCUGUGAUGUGAAGUAAAAUCUCUGGAUUUUGUCUUCAGAUUAUUUUAUUAAUUAAAACAUUGACUAUAUUCACUAUUUUCCGUCCCUAGUAAACCCGUCCUUUGUGAACAGCAAUGCAAGAAAUCAGAAGUACAUUUGUGUCUGAUAAAUUGUUUAUAAUUGAAAGAGGUUAAUAUGCCGUGCCUUUAAAAUAACAUACACAAAUCUGUACUCGACGCACAAAUUGUGUAUGAAUUGAAAAUCAGCAUUUUUCUGUUCUUACAGUGGACUUCACAUUUUUUAACAUGUUGCAUUUUACAAGUGUUAGUGUUGAUUGUCGUGUUGUUGAGGAAAUAUUUUUCCAAUGAAGAAGAUAAUAUGAAAAAAAAAUACUAGAUUUAUA